AUGGACGACUUCAACAGCGAGACGGAUAGCGACUACACAAGCUACUGGAGAGAUUGGUUCAUUUCCUCCCGUGGCAACGAGUACUUCUGCGAAAUCGACGAAGACUACCUUACCGACCGAUUCAAUCUGACGGGCCUCAACACCGAAGUUCAGUACUACCAAUAUGCUCUGGACUUGGUAACAGAUGUCUUUGACCUAGACUGCGACGAUGAGAUGCGGGAGACGAUCGAGAAGUCGGCGAGGCAUCUGUAUGGACUUGUGCACGCCAGAUACAUUGUUACCACAAGAGGGUUGGCGAAGAUGCUUGAGAAGUACAAGAAGGCGGACUUCGGCAAAUGCCCACGAGUUAUGUGCAAAUCACACCCCCUGCUUCCCAUGGGGCAAUCGGACAACCCCAAUGUAAAGGCAGUGAAGCUUUACUGCGCCAAAUGCGAAGACAUCUACAACCCGAAAUCCUCCCGCCAUUCCGCCAUCGACGGUGCAUACUUCGGCACAUCCUUCCACAAUAUUAUCUUCCAAGUCUACCCCGCAUUAAUCCCACCGAAGACCGCCGACAGAUAUAUUCCUCGUAUCUACGGCUUCAGAGUGCAUGCUCCAGCAACGUUGAUUAGAUGGCAAGGAGGACUAAGGGAUGAUAUGCGGAAGCGCCUCAGGAAGCUCGAGAUUGACAGCGGGUUCAAGGAUGAUGAGGGAGAGGUUGAGGCGGAGGAUUCAGAGGAAGACGAAGAUGAAGAGGAGAUCGGAAUGGAUGCAUUGCUGGGAAAUGGAGAGCAGCAAGGAAGGGACGUGCAGAACAAUCAGAUAUAA